UUUUCUCACUCUUUUGAAUCGUUUCUGAAAAAGUGCCAUAACUCUAAUAAAUUCGAUGAUUUCGUAUCAUCUAAUUUGUCGUGCAAUCUUUUUGUCUUUUAGAUUAGAUUUUUUUUCUUUCAUUAAUGGCAUCACGAUAUGCGACUAAAUGUUUCUUCUCGAACUUAACGCAAUUUGUGAAAUAGCUUAUUAGGGAUAUUGUGACACCAUCACCAUGGACUAUGAAGAAAACUCCAUUGAAGGAACAUCAGGUUAUGUGGAACCCAUAACUCCUAUGAUCUCUAAAGGAGACAGUGGAAUCAUUGCAAUUUCUCCACUCUGUGACCACUACAAUAAUCACAUGAGGAUUGAUUCUCUUACUACUUGUUCCGAUGAAGAAAUCAUUGAGUCUUUGUAUCAAAACAUCUUUAGUAUUGUUCUCUGCCUUCAAACAGAGGAAUCUGGUUAUGGUUCUCACACACCUGUCUCUGCAGCUUGCCCUGGAGCUCCCAUGAAGCUUACCAAGUUAUCAAGAAACAUCGAUCCAGGAUUCCAACGGAAACUCUUCUGACGUGACAUUUCUUCUUUGUUCAAUUCCUAACAUUGGAUUUAACUUUCUUGCACAAGACUUUGUGGUAAUUGUGUACUCUGUUGGGAAAAAUAGUUGGUCUUGUAUUUGUGUUCAUGUGUAUUGUUAUCAUAUCUUGAAAUGCACACUAUGAGAUAUAUUGCAUC